ACGCCCCGCGACGUGCUGGGCUUCGCGUGGCAGAUCGCCAAGGGCAUGGCCUACCUCAGCGACAUCAAGCUGGUGCAUAGAGAUUUGGCUGCACGUAAUGUCUUAGUUGCCGAAGGUGGAAUUUGUAAAAUAUCAGAUUUUGGUCUUACAAGGGAUGUGUAUGAAGACGACACGUACAUGAAAAGAAGCAAAGGGAGAGUUCCCGUAAAAUGGAUGUCGUUAGAAUCCUUGGCUGAUCACAUGUACACGAGCAAGUCUGACGUGUGGAGUUUUGGAGUUCUCUUGUGGGAAUUAGUUACUCUUGGAGCCUCUCCAUACCCUGGCGUUGCUGUACACAACUUAUUUCAUCUUCUCAAGGCUGGUUAUCGUAUGCAACGACCUGAUAAUUGCUCUCCUGCCUUAUACCGAAUAAUGCGGUCUUGCUGGAAUGAAAGUCCAGACGACAGACCUACUUUCAAGGAACUGACGUCAAUUUUCGAGAAAAUGCUUCAAGAUGGCGUGGAUUAUUUAGAUUUAAAUCCCCGUUCGGUACACAAUAUGACGUACUUUACAAGUUUAUCCAGUGCACGCGACAUAUUGGAUGACGCUGACGUCCACUAUGGGAAUCUCACCAUGCUGCCAACAGAUUCCGUGAACUACUUGACGCCUCACAAAUCCAGAAAGGACUCCAGCCUUUGUCUCACACUGAGUAGUGCCAUGGAAGAAGAAGAAAAACUACUUCACACUCCCGCGGAAAUUAUCUCCGUGGACCCGACGGAGCUCGAGAAAUCGACUCUGCAAAUCGAAGCGAUCAAGGGGGAUUCCCCCAAGAUCGGCAACGCGUACCUGAGCCCCAUAAGGCAGACCAGCUCGCAAACGCAAGACACUUCGUCGGCCAGCCCAUCCCCUGUCGCGUUGACGCAGAGGUACAUCAGCAUGUCAGUUGGCGAGCCUAGGUACACGAUGAGGCACAUAUCUCCAGACUCUAGUCCAAGAAUACCAAAUCAUGCCACCAAGGUUUCGACGUUUUAGAUGUAUUUACAGGAAGGCUAGAUAUUUCAUGCUUCUACAUAUCAUUUAAAUAAUACAUAUUUCUUUCAAGAAUAUAAGGAAAACAAUGGCAAUAAGUGUUGCUUAAUUUUUUCACUGACUCAACGAGUGUGUCUGCUCGCCGGCUCAGAAGACUGCAAGAGUAUAAACAAUUGUUUUACGCAUUAACCUGCUAACUUGGAAGUUAUUUUAUGUCAGAAAACUAGCCAAAGAAAUCAAAGGACAGUGUCCAAAGAUUGAUUUCUAGUCACUGUACGCUGUAAAUAAUUAAGCGAACAAAUAAAUAUUAAAAGGCAGACGUCUCUUAAAUAGUUGAAGAGAGAAUAAAGUAUCUACCAAUGAUGUUAAAGAGGCUCUCUUUCCAUCUGAGCUAGUCCAUAGCAAAAAGAAGAAGAGGCAAUAAUGAAAUUUGUGGGAGCUGAUUCCUGAUAAAUAGAAGUACUACAUUAAAUACUGAACGCAGAAGCUUCAAGAUAUAUAAUGUUCUACACCAAACGUGACUGAACCGGACUCUCUCUACAGAUUAUACACAGCGCUUACUCUCAAUGAAGCACAGCAUUUUCGGCACUGGUGUAUCAUCCAAGAAAUAAGUGUUUUAUACCUAAACUCAUUUUGGAUAAUUCAGUGUGAAACAAGGAAGAAAUGCAUUCAAUCAUGAAGUGAUGCAAGGUGAAGCUGUCAGCAAUUUGACAUUUGAAAGAUAACUUUUCAGCGUGGUAUUUGUACUUUUAAAUAAAAUACCCUGCGCACAGAAAAAGGGUUUCAUCAUAGUGUGUUUCUGUGGUAACUGUGUUGGUGUAAACGUUUUUGUCAUUUUUAUUACAACUCCUGUAUCUCACCAAAAAACAUUAUUUAUAAACUUACGUCGUGUGCAAAUGGCUGACUGACAUCCAAUUGUGUAAUAAGUGCCAUGAAAUAUUUUUAUGUAUUUCUCAUUGAGAAUGUAAGACUGAAUUUCUUCACUUCUAUGAAGCGAAAAGUAAAUAAAAUAUUUUAUAUUCAUA